UCCUCCACAUGCAGAGCAAUGGCUGAAGGCAGGAAUAAAAUACUCAGGAUUUUUUCAAUGGUCUACCGUCCCGACAGGGCUGUGGAGCUGCAGUAUCGCCACCAGUUGAGGCAAGUAGCCCAAGAUGUGAUCAGACCACUGAUGAAAGGGCUCCGUUCCUUCAACCAUGUCUCAGAGAUGCUCCUCUGCAUUGAACCAGGCGUCAUCCUCAAUUCCAGAAGCCAGCAUUUUCAUGCCAUCAGACAACAGAUUGAGAAGAUGAAUGAGCAGUUGCAGGAGUCCCAGUACAUUGCAAACACUGAGCGCCGACGCAUAGACGGAGAGACCGAGCAUCUCACUGCAGAGCUGAGUCGUUUAGCAAAUCAGAAAAGCCAGAGAAAGAGGCAGUUGGACGACUUGAAAAUGACACUGAAGUCACACAGAUCCAAUCUAGAGAGUUACCGUGAGAGUCUCAAGGUGGAGAAAAGAAACCUGCAGUCAGCAAAAGACACCAGAGAGAACAUGAGAAGAAGGAGAGAUGCGGCAGAGAGAGACGCAUUAAUUGGUGCAAGUUUAUUUAUUAUCCCAAUUGCAGGGUGGAUUGCAGGGGGUAUUAUUAUUGGUGUUUCUGCUGCGGAGUGGAAUGAGACCAAUGCCGCUGUUGACAGAGCUACUGAGGAGGUGGACAGGUGUGAAUCUCAGGUGGACGACUACUCUGAUAAAGUGACAGAGUACAGUUCCAGGAUCGACCAAGCCGAGUGUGACAUCGAUAAGGCCGACAGACAGAUAAGCGAGACGGGGGACAAACUGCGGUCUGUGUCUGUGAAACGAGAGUUUGUUGCUGAUGUUCAGGAGAAAAUUAGACAUGCUGUCCAUCAGCUGGGACAGCUGUGUUCGGUGGGGAGUGUGGCAGAGGUGCAGACCCGAUGCACGAUUGUACUGGAGCCUGUGAUUAAGGUAUUUGAGGAGAUGACAACAGCACUGAGUCGCAUCACUGGAGAUGAGCUGCUGCACACAGAGGGCAUCCAUUCCUUGAUGUGUGACAUGAAAAUAAACCAGAGAAAACUCAAGCAGCUUGUUGACUCUAAAAGGAGUUUAGGUUAUGACGAUUACUACUAAUUACAAUUAGAGCUGCAACUAACGAUUAUUUUCUCGAUUAUUCAAUUCAUUGUUUGGUCCAUAAAAUAUCAGAAAACCUUAAAAAAUUGAUCGUUGUUCGUCAGACCUGGAAAUGAUGUUCACAAAUGCCUUGUUUUGUCCUUUUUUUUUUUAACUAAUUUCUUU